AUGACAACUGCAUCGGAAAGAAUUCUAGUUGUCGGAGCCACGGGAAUGCUUGGCGAACCAGUGGCUCGGCAAUUGGCAGCAGACGGUCAUCACGUCCAUGUUCUGAGUCGAAGCAAGGAAAAAGCUGAGUCACUAUUUGCCAAGGAACCAAAGAUUUCAUCCUUUGAAGGAAAUGUGGAUGAUCUUGCCUCGCUGACGGAAGCGAUGAAAGGAUGCACGGGAAUUCAUAUCAAUCUAUCAGGUGGUAUUAUGGAGUCGCACGGUACACACCAGGUGAUUCAGGCAGCAAAUGCUUUGAAAGACGACAAUAAUACUGUUGUCAAUCGAAUAUCAUUGAUUUCAGGAGUCACCACUUGCGAGGAGAACACAUGGUACGAAGGGACGAAGGCAAAGCUGCAAGCGGAGAAUAUUCUGAUCGAAUCUGGGUUCAACUACACCAUCUUCCGUUGUACCAUGUUUAUGGAAACCUUGCCCAAAUUAAAGGUAUUGGUGGGACCACAACCUACCUCGUGGCACUUGUUGGCGGCCUCGGACUAUGCCCGCAUGGUAUCCAAAUCCUUCACUAUCCCAGGUGUAUCUAAUGAGAUUCUCUUUUUGUAUGGUCCCAAACCACCGUGUACACUUCCUGAAGCAAUGAACACGUACUACAUUCCAAUCUGCGAUCCAGCCCGUACUCCACCAAUUCCCACCAUGUCCAUGGAAGAUGCGCUUGCAACAGUAAAUGGGAAGACCGCCAACACGUUCAACUUGACCGAAAAGGGGAUUGCCAAGUUUGAUUGGUUGGGUAAGAUUCACGAAUUGGGCGGUCCUUCCAAAGCCAAUAAUCUGUUGGGAGCACCCACCAUCACUUUGGAAAAGUGGUGCAAGGAUCAUGCCAAGUAG